CAUGGAGAGUCGGGGGAUAACCCCGGGGCCCUACCGGGCCACCAAGCUGUGGAAUGAAGUGACGACGUGUUUCCGGGCCGGCAUGCCUCUGAGAAAGCACCGGCAGCACUUUAAGAAACACGGGAACUGCUUCACCGCCUGCGAAGCGGUGGACUGGCUUUAUGAGCUGCUGAGGAGCAACAGCAAUUUCGGGCCUGAAGUGACGAGGCAGCAGACCGUCCAGCUGUUACGGAAAUUCCUCAAGAACCACGUGAUUGAAGACAUUAAGGGAAGGUGGGGGUCGGAGAGCCUGGACGACAAUGGCCAGCUCUUCAGAUUUCCUACAACUUCUCCACUUAAAACUGUGCCCCGCCGGCAUCCAGAACUGAGGAAAAGCAGCUUAGAGAAUGUCUCUAAAGAGAAAGAAAAUGGCUUUAAAUUCCGGCCCUUGGCUCGCAGAACUCCUAAAAAGCUCGAGCUCACCCAGGAAAAUGCCGAAAAUAUGAAAAAUGAAAUUCUAGAUGAAAAUAAAGAAAACCCAGUAGAGAAAAGGGAAAUCAGCCAAGAAGAUGUUGAAGAAAUUUGGAGACAUACUAUUUUAAUGCACUUGCAAGCCAUCUUGGGUAUCUCCUCGUUAGAAGAGAUCUUGGACACAACACAAAUACUACCUCAGCAUAUAAUAUACAACAUGACCAACACCAGCAAACAUGGAGUCGUCGUUUUACAAAACAAAGCAGAUGACCUCCCGCACUGGGUGCUGUCUGCCAUGAAGUGUCUGGCGAACUGGCCAAGAAGUAACGACCUGAGUCAGCCAACUUAUGUGGGAUUCGAGCGAGACGUGUUCCGGACCGUGGCCGACUACUUCCUGGAUCUCCCGGAGCCGCUCCUCACUUUUGGAUAUUACGAGUUAUUUGUCAAUAUUCUGGGUCUGCUGCAGCCUCACCUUGAGCGGGUGGCCAUCGAUGCCCUGCAGAUCUGCUGCCUGCUGCUGCCCCCGGCCAACCGCCGGAGGCUGCAGCUGCUCCUGCGCAUGGCCUCCCGCAUGAGCCAAAAUGUGGAUCUGCCGCGCCUGCACGACGCCCUGGGCACGCGCUCGCUGAUGAUCCAGACCUUCUCCCGCUGCGUGCUGCGCUGCGCCCAAGAGGCCGACCUGGACGAGCUGCUCGCCGCCAGACUGGUCUCCUUCCUCAUGGACCACCAGCAGGAGGUUCUGCAGGUCCCGACCCACCUGGAGGCCGCUGUGGAGAAGCACCUGGAGCGCCUCCGGAAGGGCCAAGUCCUGAAUUCCUCCGGGGAGCCGCUGCCCGAGUACUCGUACUGCCGGCGGAUCAGCGCCCAGGAAUUCGAUGAGCAGAAAGUGGCCACCUCCCAGGCGGCCAUCGCGGAGCUCCUGGAGAGCAUCAUCAGAGACCGCAGCCUGGCUCUGAGAGACAAGAGGAAGAAGCUAAAGCAGUUUCAGAAGGAGUAUCCGGCCAUCUACCAGAGCAGGUUCCCCACCACGGAGAGCGAGGCGGCCCUGCUGGGCGACAAGCCCACCCUCAAGCAGCCCAUGCUGCUGCUGAGAAAGCCAAAGUUCCGGAGCCUCCGCUACUGACCCCUCACGGCGGCGGCCACGGCGCAGGAAGGAGACCCCGAUGGGCCGGCCGGGCCGAGGGACAGUGGAGCGAGCCGAGCUGCCCCGAGCCCUCGGAGCCUCCCCCUCGGGGCGACGGCGAGGCCCGGCUUGUCCUCUCGCACCCACAUCUUCUGCUCCCUUUUGCACUCCUGUAUUUCUUUCCAUGUUUUUAUACGUUUGUGUGUCUGUUUGUUUAAAGCUAGAAGUGUGGCAGGGCCACAUUUCACUUGUUUCCUGGCACGUCGGCCUCCUCCCCUCUGGCAAGUCUGGCCUCUCCGGCCUCCUUUUCUCUGCUCAGACCUGGGCAGUGGCCCAGGCCGGGACCCACAAGACUGCUCUGGUUGGGGGGUCCCAGGAGCCCCCCCAGGGUCAGGGGGAGCAGCGGGGCCUCCUGAAACGAGGACGACACUCCGUUCCUCUUCUCGGUGCAAUUCCCCGGCUCUGUCCCUGCUCCGCUCUUCCUGCAAGCUUGGAGCUCAGAGAGCCGGCCGGCCCGGCAAGGCUGAACCCAAAGGCCUGGAGAGGACGGCCGAGGACGGCCGGCAAGUGUCAGGGAUGUUUACAUUUUGUGAUCAUGAGCGCGCUGGAAAUUGGGGUGAAAAUCAUUCUGGGGCUUGUGUAAUGGUUUGAUUGUUUUGCUCUUUUAUUUAAUCUCCUUAAUAAUAAGGACUAAGUCGACGCAGUACGAGAUUUCCGAUUAUGAGACGAAAAGUAUCCUGUGACUGGCGAAAUAAAAUGAUUCCAAGCGCUCUUGGCAGAGCCGACACCGA